AUGGACAGCAUAAACCUACUUGGCGCAGCUAUUAUCUCCAGAAUAUUAGACACUGCAACCCACCAGCACUUAGGCUCAAACUCCGCUAUGGAUGACUUCCGACGCAUCGCUGAACUCACCACUGUGUGCAAAUUCUGGAAAGACUGCAUGCCGCUCUACGCUACUGAAACGCUUGUCGUUGAACGCAGUGCCAUUAAACAUACAAACACUUCGAGUAACAGCCAGCCACUCCAUAGCCACAAAUGGGCCACCAAUCUGAGCUUCAUCCUCGCCAUGAGCAGACAGCAUCUUACGAGAGAAAUGCGGGUGGUAAUGUCCGGUCCUUGCCACAGCAAGCUACUCUUAACAUCAGCGCUAGCAGCCUUAAAUAUUUUGGAUACGCCAUGGACUGGGGUUGAGCAUCUAUUCUUUCUUGGCCAGGGCGUCCAUACCGCCGUUAGAGAAGAUGAGCAGGCAGAUGAGACUACAGAUGUAUACGCCAAAGUCUCACUACUGCUUUCCAUACUUCCCAAUAUCAGUUUUGUAUGGUAUUAUCUAUAUGACAAAGUAGGCUUUAGCCCUGGAAUUCUUCAGAUUGGUGACAGAUAUUCUUCCUUUUAUCUUACUUUACAGCGCGCAUUGCUUGCUCGUGCUACAAAACUCCAAUGUCUUCUCCCAUUCCCUUCUUAUGACCUUUUAAAUGUUUCAGGCACAUUAUCCUGCCUCGACCUAAACAUUAACGUCGUGAAGGACCUUGGCUGUGCAGCUCUCUUUAACCCUGCCACUCUUCAGACUUUGAGACUUUACGAGCUGACUGCAGCUAGGGAUCCUUGGUAUCUAUUUACAUCUGACUGCCGUGGAAACCUCACUUUCCCUUGCCUACGCAGCUUGAUUGUACUUUAUGAUCCUAGACAGGUUGAACCAUCUCCAGCAAUUUACUCUACAGACGGACUCACAAUUACGUUCCCGGCCCUCGAACGAUUGUAUAUCGCCGAUUCCACUAGACAUGUCCUGGAGUUUUACAAACUGUUUGUGGGAGUAAGACAGUCCAGAACAAGCUUUCUUGAGCCAGUCAAUCGUCUUCAGCAUAUCGACCCUCAUUUACUUACAUUCACGCAGGCGUUUAGCAUUUUCGCGCGGGACCAGACAUCAUGUUACUCACCUUUACAAAGCACCUUCGAUGGCAACUAA